AUGGCAGCUCCAGGAGUUCUGGAUCCGACCAAGGCCGGUCAAUAUCCUGUUAUUCUCAGCGACGCCUUGCUGGGCAAGCCAUCCAAGGAGACCUACACAGGAAUAAGAUACAACCACCGACCAACACUCUCAUCUGAUACCGCGCCCAACACAGCGCGCCUCAAGAAAUCCGCCAAGGACGACUCUUACAACAUCGGGUUCGACGACCAAGGAGACAAGUACCAAUACAAUGGUGUCCGUACCACCGACGAUGGCAACUACGUCCUAAUUUUCGACCCUGCUCGCAAAGCCUUUGUAUUGCACCGAGUUGACUCGACCUUCCACAUGAACAUUACCCGCAUGCCGACCGACAACAACGCCGAAAGCCUGCGCCAACAGUUUCCUCAGCUCGAAGUCAAGACCGCCGACUCAACCAGGAAGCCAAGAGGGAAAGUCGCAGAGAAGGCUAGCAACAGCCGGCCGAACACGGCCAAGGCCGCUCCCACGAAAUCCAAGGGCGGGAGGAACCUCGCCGCCGGAGACACGCCAAAAUCGAAAGCGAGCGGUCAACCGGAAAAGAAUAAGACGCUGGAACUGACACUUCCCGAUCUCAGCGCGGCGGCUGCCAAUCCUAAGAAGCAGCCAUCGGCAUCUCAGCCAGGACAAGAAAAGAAACCCAAGCGCCCUGCUCUGUCCCCGGUCGAGUCGGAAGAAGACGAUGAUGACGACGACGGUGGCCUAACGGUCGAGUACCCCGAGGGCAACCCAGCCGCGUUCCGCGCCCCCAGCCAAUACAUUCCGACUUUCCCUUCUGUGACGAGGCGGUUUUCCGAGUUCGCCAACGAGAGGGAGUCGGACGACGACGAUUUUGAUACCACUAUGGCGGGCGGGUAUGACGCCGGGUUGCCUGAGGAGGAAGGAUACGCAGGGGACGAGUACGAGGAAGAGGACGAGGAAGAACCGUCGCGCCGACCGGCGAGCCCCGCCAGGCCUUUUCCAGUUGGAGAUGCCCGCCGCCGUCGAACCGGACCGGUACACGUUCGAUGA